GAGGAAUUCAGUAAUAACCCCCCCCUUCUUUUUGGUUCCUUUCUAUUUCUCCGCCUAAACCCUCUCGGAGUCACUUAUCUCCGAAAGCCUCCAAAACCCUCCCACUAGGGUUUUGGAUUGGAUUCCGGAGCCCUUCUCUUCGAAUUCCUACCACCGGGGGUGUUUUGGACCGGCCUCCUCUACUCUCAGGAGUUCAACAGUAUGGCAUCCCAAUUAGCUCGCGAGUGGUUCGGAAUCCAGCAGUUUCCGGCUGCCACACAGAGCAAGUUGCAUGAAUUGCUGGGGAAGCUGAAGCAAGAGGAUGUGAGUACAUUGACGAUUCUGGUGAUGGGUAAGGGCGGUGUCGGGAAGUCGUCCACCGUGAACUCCAUAAUAGGGGAGAGAGUGGCUGCUGUCAGUGCUUUCCAGUCAGAAGGAUUGCGACCAAUGAUGUGCUCACGCACGCGAGCAGGGCUCACUUUGAACAUCAUUGACACUCCAGGACUUGUGGAAGGUGGAUACGUCAAUGAACAGACUCUUGAAAUCAUAAAACGGUUUCUUUUGAACAAGACUAUCGAUGUUCUUCUGUACGUGGACCGGUUAGAUGCGUAUAGGGUGGAUAGUUUGGAUAGACAGGUUAUUAAAGCCAUAACAGAUACAUUUGGUAAACGAAUAUGGCAAAGAGCUUUGGUUGUAUUGACUCAUGCUCAGCUGUCACCACCAGAUGGAAUGAAUUAUGAUGAUUUCUUUGCCAAACGAUCAGAAGCACUUUUAAAAUUCAUCCGCUUGGGUGCACGUAUUAAGAAACAAGAGUUCGAGGAAUCUGCCACUCCUGUGGUUUUGGUCGAGAAUAGUGGGAGAUGCAGGACUAAUGACAAUGGGGAAAAGAUUCUUCCUGAUGGUACUGCAUGGAUCCCGAACUUGGUGGAAGUAAUAACAGUUGUUAUCUCAAAUGGGAGCAAACCGAUUGCGGUGGACCAGAAGUUGAUUGAGGGCCCCAACCCAAAUGAGAGAGGAAAGUUCUUCAUACCUCUCAUCUUGGCUUUCCAGUUUUUUUUUGUGGUCAAAGGGAUCCAAAAAGCCAUAAAGCAGGACAUUGCAAAAGAAAGCAAACCUCUUUGGGAGCUACGUGACAUGGGCUUGGCAAACCGGAAAUUCUAGAAGUUUUAAAUCUUGUUACGCUUGUUUUUUUCCUUUACCUUUUUGGGCUUUGCAUCAGUUCUUUUCCCUUUUUUUUUCUGCUGCUGUUCUCACACCUUGAUGUGCCAUUAAUUGGGUUUAUAGGAGUAUCUAAGUUGGGCGGCCGGUGAAGAUUUUCUUGUUGAGGAUAAUUCUAAUACUAUUGUUUUGCAGCAUCAUAGUUCGAUGGUCUCUCAAUUGUUAUAACCUUCCACUUCUAAGUGCAUUUCUGUUCUGUUA